AUGGCAGGGGUUUACCUGGUUGGGAUAGUUGAUGCUUUGAUACACACAACCUUAGCUUUCCGCUUAUGUUACUGUGGGUCAAAUGAAAUCAAUCACUUCUUCUGUGAUUUGCCCCCACUUUUCCUCCUUUCCUGUUCAGAUAUCCAAGUCAAUGAGCUGGCAUUAUUUACUGUGUUUGGCUUCAUUGAGCUGAGUACCAUUUCAGGGGUUCUUGUGUCUUAUUGCUAUAUCAUCCUAUCGGUCAUAAAGAUUCACUCUACUGUGGGAAGAUUCAAAGCGUUCUCCACCUGCACCUCUCACUUAACUGUUGUUGCAAUUUUCCAAGGAACCAUGCUAUUUAUGUAUUUCAGGCCAAGUUCAUCCUACUCUCUAGAUCAGGACAAAGUGACCUCAUUGUUUUAUACCCUUGUCAUUCCCAUGUUAAACCCUCUGAUUUAUAGUCUGCGUAAUAAAGAUGUGAAAGCGGCCCUGGGAAAACUGAAACAUAAAGUGCUAAUUUAA